AUGGCUGCCACUCAGAAGCUCUACCCUCGUGGUACUGUCAAAAGAAUCGUCAAGGCGCAUUCUAAUAAGAGCGUGAGCAAGAAUGCCGAUAUUCUGCCCGUGCUCGGAAAGAAAGCGCUGACAACUCCCCGCAGAUUAAUGCGAGAAGCCUCUAUCCGAUCGCGCAAGUCCGGCGAAAAGAAUAUCUCAGCAAACUCCAUCCGCAAGGUUACCGAGGUGCGUUAUUGA